GAAGAACAGAUAAGGAGGAUAUUAACUUAAUAUCUUUGACAAAGUAGGAGAUGUCAAUCACGGCUGGCAGGGGAAAACGGCUGCAGACUAGAGGUGCCCUUGAAUGUCGGGCAAAAGUUGCCCGGGUGAGGAUUUGGAAACCCGCUAGUUUCCCACAGGUCCCGAGCGCUCGUGGCGAACGCCAUGGCAUUUCUAGCUGUGCGGCGAGUGUCACCCCAAAACCCUCAUCCGGGUCUGGGGACGGGCGGGGGACACGUGGGAAGCGCAUCCGUGCAUCCGUGGCCAUUGCUCGGUGGCGGAAAGGUCCGGUGGUGUCUAAUGCAGGGUACAGAGACACGGCCUCGUCACCGCGAGGUGUAAAAGCUCAGAUUAUUUGUCACUUCCAUCGUCUGUAGAGGCUUGGCAGUACGCAGGAUGAAUUAUGCGGAGGCAGUUUCCUUACCCGUAGAUUUGCAUGUGGCACAUACCCUUUAUGUCGUCUUCUCGCAGUUUUUCUGUGAGUUGCCAUCAAUCACGUAAAGUUUACGACCACCGCAGCUUGUUUUGCAUUUAUUUUAUCUGCUUUUUGUCCAGAGCUUACCUUUAACAGCAAUAUCACAUACUGUGAAAUGUUUAUUAAUACUCAAGGAUAGACAGAGUAUCAACAGUUCAUGAGUUGAUCUGUGAUAAAAAGUACAAUGUAUAUACUUUUUUGCUAACAGCUCCCUAUUAAAUUAUUCUGUAAAGUAUCUUACAUUCGCUGAAUGGCACUGUCAGUAUAUACAGUUAACUUUCCUGCCAGUUGAACUCAGAGGCCUCCUCAGUUUAUAUGACUUGUCUUUUUUAUGAUCGGUUGAUAAAUUAAGAUAGUCGUAAGAAUGGACACAUUUUGAAAUUGGAGUUUAAUUUGAUUCAGGGCAGAAUUGUAAAUACUGCGAUUUGUAGUCUCUAAAUCAUGAUUUAAUUCUGUCUCAAAGUGCAGCCUAACUGCUGGAUUAACUAAUUUGAGAAUUGUGAUUUAAUGACAUCGGUAGCAUGGAAAAAAAUUAUCUUGGGAAACUUGGGCUGAGUUUGUAGUAGGAAUCUUGCGAACGUUUCAGUAUUGUCUCUGCACAGAGACCAUGCGAGUUAUUUUCUUCACGAUCAGUGAAAUAACAAGGACCAAACUGGUUUGAGAGGAGGAAAAUGUUUUCGAAUUUCUACCUUGAGAAGCUCGAUUUCUUUUUUCUCAUUUAAAGAAUCUGUUUCCUCGAGCGGUGCUGAGCACAGAUACACGAUGGAGGGCCCUGCAUCUCCCCAAAAUAAAGGCCUGGACUAAUGAGAUGCCGAAUCCCUCCCGUUAGUGAGCUCUGUCAAUUCUCCCGGUAGUCGAUGGGCAUUCAGGAUGUUUGGCAUUCACGGGAAUCGCUGAAUAAAUACCUUGCUGGAUCGGGCCCUGGGUAUCACAGGGCUCAUAAAACGAGGGUGGGUUUUCUGUUUAAGGCUAAAGAGCCGGUAGCGUCGCUCUGAAGUAAAUCAGGCUCUAAUUUUUACUUCUUAGGGAGAAAUCCUAAUAAAGUAGUUGUUACUGCGCAAGUAGUUGCUCAUAAUUUCUGCCUUGUUUCAAAUGCUUUGAUUACAUGUCUAAGCUAAGGGAGUUAGAUAACCCUUCUCCCAAGAAAACUUGUGUCAGAGCCGUACAAAGAGGUAGUACUUUCUCAUUAGUGGCUGACGUGAUUUCAGCACUGAACAGAUCUAUGGUGAAUAGAUGUCAUCUGUUCUUCGGAUUUUAGCUGUGGUUUUGUGCGUGAAAUGCUGUUGACUGGAAUAAUUUUCAUCCUGCGCUUCCUGGCUGAUUCUGGCAAAGCCAUACCCCGAGUAGCGCUUUAGAGUGAAAGAUCUAAAUAUUUCUAUUAGCAGAAGCGUGUUAAAUUUCUUGUGUGGUAUUGGCAUAAUGGGCCUGACAUGAAGCAGGCAGACGCUGGACCAAAAAAGUAGUCAGCUUGUGAAAAGAUAGGAACGAUUUCAGCUCUAUAAACUGAUAUCUCCUUGAAUUCACCCAGGGAUAUUUGUCAAGUUUAGCACUUUGCCGCUGUGUAUUUAAUGGCUGUUUAGGUUAGGCUAGGGUCCCUCAGAGUGGCUGAGGAGGGUGAGUUAGAAUUUACAUCUCCUUUGCAUCUCAUAGGUGUGUGAAUUAUUCUAGGAGAAAAUGAUCAGCGUCUUUGUAGAUCAAGAUGAGUUAACAAAAUUGAUUACAGAAAUUGAUUUAUUUGUCAUGAGUGCGGUUAAAUACCUGACAUCAUAUUCCUUUCUAAAGACUGUUCUAGCCAAGGGUUUGGUAACAGUAACUCCUGGAUACCUAGAAAUUAAUCUGUUUCCAGUUAAAAUGUCAAUGCAUAUCAAAUGGAUAUGAAACAAACCCGUGUCUGUAGCUGCUGUGCUGUUAAGAGGUUAUUCAUAGCUACAUUUUAAUCCUAUCUCCUUAAACAAAAGUUUUGAAAGCAAAUUUGUAAAUAAAAUACUGCAAGCUAUGUUUAUGGAUGGACUUAGAACGUGCUGAGGCCCUUGGUAUGAUUUUUAAUUACAUGGGCAUGGAAAACGUUCGGUUGCUGAGAAAGCCGCAUCGUGCGAGUUGAGGCUCGAGAUGUGGAGGGUGAAUUUAACAUAAACUACACUUGGCAUGCAAGGAGUAUCAAAAGUGACGUGUAAAGCAAAUUUAACCUUCAGAAAUGUAAAAGUCUCUAACUCGAAAAGAAACAGUGCUUCUGAAGAUUUCUACGUAGAUCUUGACAACCUAAGCUAUCUUUCUAACUAUAUAUUUCUGGAUAGCUGUACAGGGGCAGUAGAUGUAUGAAAUACAUAGUUUUGAGACAACGUGCAGCCAAAGUACUACUACUAUGUAAAGGUCACAAACUUCCGAUUUUUUUUUUUCCCCCCGCAAGAGUUCCCUAUUUAUCCACUCCUAAUCUAAUCAGUCUCGAAGUCUCCCUGUCGUGGCUGGGAUUUUGCAUCCCGCUGUACGUGCCAUUCCGCUUCCCUUGAGGUGCGAAUCGGUUUUGGUCCUCCCAGACCAAAAUAUUAGCUGGCCGUUCAAUGCCUGUUCUGUUUCAUCAGGCUAAAGUAGAACUAUUUCUCAUAUUUAAGCCGAAAGGCACGUAAGCCUUAAAGCCGGCAGUCUGUAGGCUCGGGAUAACACUGGGGCAAAUGGGAGACGUUGCUUAAUACCCGGGUUAAGUGUACGAUAACUCCGAUGCUUUCAGCUUCCAGCCAGGGAAGGAGGGGGCAUCGCUCCGGAGCACCUCCUGCCGCAUGUUUGCGGUGGCAGGAAUGGGCAGGCGAGCAGCUGCUGGUACGGGGGCUCGGGGAGAGGAAAAUGGACACUGGGGAGGAAGGAUGCGUGGCAAUGACCUUCCAACCUGGCGCAGGACAGCCUAUUUCCUGAGCUGCUGACUCAAGGGUACAGCAAGCCCUCCCCAUGCGUGUCCUUGGUUGGGAUUGGGCAAGAGGGAGAGAAGUGGUGGUCAGGCACCUCAAAUUUGCUGGGAAAUGUGCAAAACUUGAAACCUGACGUGAGGGUUUUGGUGUGAGUCUGGGAACUUACUGCUGGAUCUCAAUCAAGCGCAGCUUGACUACAGAAAAGGAAGGAAAAGCGUGAAGGUUUUCGGUGUUGGUGCUUGGGGGUCCCAGGAUUCUUGAGCUGAGCCCAGCUGACAAGCUUUUGAAGAUGGCACAAUAACAGUCCAGUGAUGCCUGACCAUGACAGCACAGCCCUCUUAAGCAGGCAAACCAAGAGAAGAAGAGUUGACAUUGGAGUGAAAAGGACGGUAGGGACAGCAUCUGCAUUUUUUGCAAAGGCAAGAGCAACGUUUUUUAGUGCCAUGAAUCCCCAAGGUUCAGAGCAGGAUGUCGAGUAUUCAGUGGUGCAGCAUGCAGAUGGGGAAAAGUCAAAUGUACUCCGCAAGCUGCUGAAGAGGGCGAACUCAUAUGAAGAUGCCAUGAUGCCUUUUCCAGGAGCAACCAUAAUUUCCCAGCUGUUGAAAAAUAACAUGAACAAAAAUGGUGGCACGGAGCCCAGUUUCCAAGCCAGCGGUCUCUCUAGUACAGGCUCAGAAGUACAUCAGGAGGAUGUAUGCAGCAACUCUUCAAGAGACAGCCCCCAAGAGUGUCUUUCCCCUUUUGGCAGGCCGACUAUGAGCCAGUUUGAUGUGGAUCGGUUAUGCGACGAGCACCUGAGAGCUAAACGCGCCCGGGUUGAGAAUAUAAUUCGGGGUAUGAGCCAUUCCCCCAGCGUGGCAUUAAGGGGCAAUGAAAACGAAAGAGAAAUAGCUCCGCAGUCUGUGAGUCCCCGAGAAAGUUACAGAGAAAACAAACGCAAGCAAAAGCUGCCGCAGCAGCAGCAGCAGAGUUUCCAGCAGCUGGUUUCGGCGAGGAAAGAGCAGAAGCGAGAGGAGCGCAGACAGCUGAAGCAGCAGCUGGAGGACAUGCAGAAGCAGCUGCGCCAGCUGCAGGAGAAGUUCUACCAGAUCUAUGACAGUACCGACUCCGAAAAUGAUGAAGAUGGCAACCUGUCUGAAGACAGCAUGCGCUCCGAAACCAUGGAUGCGAGGGCCGGCGACUCCGUUGGCAGGUCGGACAACGAGAUGUGCGAGCUCGACCCGGGGCAGUUCAUCGACCGGGCGCGGGCCCUCAUCCGGGAGCAGGAGAUCGCGGAGAACAAGCCGAAAAGAGAAGGUCCCAAGGAGAAGGAGCAAGGGCCGAACGCCUUCCACCCCGAAGGCAAACACUUGGCCGAGACGCUGAAGCAGGAGCUCAACACCGCCAUGUCGCAAGUUGUGGACACGGUGGUCAAGGUUUUCUCGUCCAAGCCCUCCCGCCAGCUUCCUCAGGUCUUCCCGCCUCUCCAGAUCCCGCAGGCGAGGUUCGCCGUCAACGGAGAGAACCACAACUUCCACACGGCCAACCAGCGCCUGCAGUGCUUCGGGGAUGUCAUCAUUCCCAACCCCCUCGACACCUUCGGCAGCGUCCCCAUGCCCGGUGCCACUGACCAAACCGAAGCGCUGCCCCUCGUCGUCCGCAAAAACUCCUCCGACCAAUCCGCCUCGGCCCCACCGGCCGGCGGCCAUCACGCCUCCCUGCACCAGUCCCCGCUCUCGGCCACCACCGGCUUCUCCACCUCCUCCUUCCGCCACCCCUUCCCGCUGCCCCUCAUGGCCUACCCCUUCCAGAGCCCCCUGGGCGCCCCAUCGGCCUCCUUCCCGGGGAAAGAGCGCGCCUCCCCCGAAUCCCUUGACCUGACCCGGGAGACCACCAGCCUGAGGACCAAGAUGUCAUCGCACCACAUGAACCACCACCCCUGCUCGCCGGCCCACCCCCCCAGCGCCGCCGAGGGCCUCUCCUUGUCCCUCAUAAAGUCCGAGUGCGGUGACCUGCAAGACAUGUCCGAAAUCUCGCCCUAUUCGGGAAGUGCAAUGCAGGAAGGCUUGUCACCGAAUCACUUGAAAAAGGCCAAGCUCAUGUUCUUUUACACCCGGUACCCAAGUUCCAAUAUGCUGAAAACCUACUUCUCAGACGUAAAGUUCAACAGAUGCAUUACCUCUCAGCUCAUCAAGUGGUUUAGCAAUUUCCGUGAGUUUUACUACAUUCAGAUGGAGAAGUAUGCACGGCAAGCCAUCAACGACGGGGUCACGAGCACUGAGGAGCUGUCUAUAACCAGAGACUGUGAGCUGUACAGGGCCCUGAACAUGCACUACAAUAAAGCAAAUGAUUUUGAGCAGGUUCCAGAGAGAUUCCUGGAAGUGGCUCAGAUCACGUUACGGGAGUUUUUCAAUGCCAUUAUCGCAGGCAAAGAUGUUGAUCCUUCCUGGAAGAAGGCCAUAUACAAGGUCAUCUGUAAGCUGGACAGUGAGGUCCCCGAGAUUUUCAAAUCCCCAAACUGCCUACAAGAGCUUCUUCAUGAGUAGAGAGUUCAGCAGCUAUUUCUGAAUGUAUGAAAGUAGCAGUCCCCUUCUGAUGCCCAAGUCAUGUGUGUCUCUAUUUUAAUUUCAUAUAUAUGUGUAUCGCAUACAUAUAUAUGUAUAUGAAAUUAGACCAUGAUCCCUCCUGGAUUUAAGUUUUCGUUCAGUUCCAAGGGGAUGGUUAUUUUACUUCAGCCUUCGGUUUACUUUUGCCCGAGACCCUUAACGUUUGGAGAAUCAACGGGGUUAAUUUUCAGGGAGAAGAGUUUGGAAGCGUGUAAAAGCCUGUCUUAGCAAGUUAGGGCAUUAUGUUUAAAAAUGCUUUGUCAGAUUUAUUGCUUGCUGCAAAGUGGCAUUUUGUCUUAGUGAGACUAAUGUCAUGGCACAAUACUACAGACAAUGAAGUUUAUAUUAUGUUUAUACUGCUAAAGGUCUGAACUCUGUGGAGUCACUUCAUAAGCUUCGAGCUUUUUUUUUUUUUACUUUAUAUACUUUUUAACCAAUAACUAGAUUUUGUUUCAUACUUCAAAAAACUACAACAUCUAUUUUAGGUACUCACUCCUAGAAGUGAUACCCAAAAAAGCAAACCCUAUUCUUCAUGCUUUCCUUACAGAAAUGAUAAAUACCCUGCACCAGUAAUCAACACGUCAGGUUGUUGGUUUUUCUCUAAAUUGCAGCAAAGGACAUUUGCACAAGUCAAAUACCAUUAUUGCAGGGUGAGGCCAGUAAUUCAUGCACAAUAUUGUAUCAACCACACUAAUUUUGGAAUAUGGUCAGCUUAUUAAAGCGGAAGCAUUUCACUCUCCAUAGAGUAAAAAUGAAACCUUCAGCGUCCUAUAUUGCCAUGUCUCAGUCUUACUUUAAGUGGCAUUAGUCCAGUCCCUAAAUUUAUUCUUCUCUUAGUCCAUUCUGCCACCAGUAUACAAAGUUUUCUGUCUGUAUUUGACAUCUGUCCUGAAAAGCACUUUUUGAAUGAUCUUAGAUGUAGUAGAAGAAAGCAUCUUCACCUCACAGUGCUGAGGCAAAGGAAAAAAAAAAACCAAACUUGUUUAUAGCUGUAAAGUAUAAUUAGUCUUUUCCUAAUCAGAAGAAUAAAAAUUACAUUUUCAUAAAAAUCUAAUCAAGCAUAUACAAAAAUUGCAGUGUCCUCCUGGCUAUGCAGGGUUCAAAUAGCCAAAUUGGAUUUUUAAAAUUACAGUAAGUGCAGCUUUAAAAAAAAAAAAUCUAUUUGAGUAAUGCGCUGCACUUGUCUUCUGAAGCCGGAGCUAGUCUUGACCAAAAUCUGAGCUACAGUGUAAAGUCCAUGAUGGAUCUGGGUUCGCCUGAAUGCUAUACCAUGAUACGUCCUCAGACGUAAAGAAAGCUAGCUGCUAGUUCUCAUGCUUUCUUCAGUGGCUCUCCUUUUCUCACGUUUUCAGAAAGGUGUCGUCUCCAGAAGUUUGGGGGAAGGUUGAAUAUGCUAUGGCACUCUGUAUUUGUCAUUUUCUCUGUCGUCUUUUGUACGGAUGCAGUAAGAAUUUAUUGUUAUCGUCAAUAGUAUUUUCCCCUACAUAAUUCAAUCUCAAUCUAGAGGAAGUUCCUAAUUAGCUGCGAAUUAUAUUUAGACCAUCAAGGAUAUUGGUAUCUUAUUUCUUUAUUUUAAAAUUACAUUUUGACUUUGGAGAGUGAAAGUUUACCCAUGUGACUAAAGAGCUGACCUGAUCAUUGCAAUUUCACUUCAUUUACAAAUACUGCUGAUAGACAGAAAUGUAUGAAAGCAAUUAUUGUUAGCAGAAAGCCUUAAAAACCUGCUGACUUCAAAUUAAACACCACAAUCCUACGAUUCCCUGUCAUUCUUUUCAAGCACUGGCAGUAUCUGUGGAGUAAAGGCAAUGCAGACAAUAGCAUGGGAUGAAGUGCCAACAUUUUCACUAUGCAUUAAAAGGAAAACAAAUCUUGAUCUUAGACUCCCUGAGAGUACCUAAUACUGUACGUAUCCUUAGAGUAGACAGGAUGUGUCUUUUUCUUUCUUUUCUUUUCUUUCUUCAUUUUUUUUCAUUUUUUUUCUUCUGUGUGUGCAUGAUUUGGUAAACAUUACACUUCAUAAAGAUGUAACUCCAAUGACUUCUGAGUAAGAAAGGAUGAAAAUUGUGUUCAUGCACUUUUUUGAUUUAUGGGAAGAAGUGGCAUAAAAUGCUCAAGUUUUAAUACAGUAAGUUCUUCAUUGGCAUACCAUCAGAUAGAAAAUACAACACUACAUUGUCACCUCGGACAUAAGAAAGCAAAGCCAUACUUUAGUCAUACUAUGUGGACAUACUACUAGCUACCAUCUCAAUCUGUGAUUUUACCGUUACUUUUAUUAUGUUUAUUAUUAUUAAUAUUAUUAAUAUUUUUAAUAUUAUUAUUAUUUGGCUGCAAUGUGAUUCACAUAAUCUAAAUAAGUGAAAUUGUGUACUCAACACUUGAUGUCGUUACAUUUAUUUAUUUAUUUAUAAGUAGCAUAAUCUCAAUAGUAAAUGAGGCAUAGGAAUUAAGAGUAGAAAUUUCAUCUUAAAAGCAAAAUAAAAACGUCCUUUGUCUGAAAAAGGAACAAACGAUAAUUUGAUCAUUUAAGUGAUGUGAUUUUUCUGCAUUUUAUAGCCAUAUUGCCUUUGUGCCUCCCAACACACCUAAAAUUAUAAAUACAUGGCAUAGCUCCUACUAAAUUUUAAGUAGAAAGCAGUUUCUUUCAAGUGAUCUCAAUAUUAUUUCACUAAAAAUGGCUAAAAGGCAGGAGGCUACUUUUAUUGUAAUGAAAAGUUUACAUAGGGAAAGAAUUUCAAAAUCCAUGUAGAAACCCCAUGUUGCCAUUCAUUUACUGCUAAUUCAGAUUUAUUUCUGCAUAUAAACUUGAGGUUAUAGUCUGUGCCUAGACCUUAAAUGCACCAGCGGAAGGAUAAAAAAAAAUCCUUCAAAAUACCAGUUUUUCCCCCACAAGUACAAUUGUUCUUGUGCCUUCUGUGGCUUACAAUUUUCAUCUUUUAACCUUCAUUUUUCAAUUACUACAGCUGCAAUAAACACUGAUUUUUUUGUUCUGUUUUGUUUUGUUUCUGGCUGUUUGACAUAAUGUUGAUAGCUAUGCAUAUUUUGUGUCUUUUUAAAAAUUAAAAAAAAAACAAAGCAGGAGAAUACGUUUUUGAAGAAGAGAAUUUUUAGAACAGUUUGAUAACGCAAAUUAUUUUUUCUCAAUUGUUUGAGCAGCAUUCAAGUUUUGAAAAUUCUUGUAGAAGCCAAUUUUUUGUAACUGUGGUGCAAAUCUUGUGUUUUCUUAGCCUGAUGAAAAGUAGUAUAGAAGCAAUAUUUCAUACGUGACAUGUGCAUAUACAUAUACAUAUGUAGUCACACACACAAAGAGAAAAAGUGUGGGUGUAUGUAUGUAUAUAUACACAGAAAGACACAUACACACAAAAUAUGCGUAUGAAGUGAAAAGCUUACCUUUUUCCUAUCUAGAUUAAGAACCUAUUUUAGACAUUUGUUAUGUUUUGUGAAAAGAAUGUUCUAUUUGAAACUACAAAACAUUUAAUUCUUACUGUAUCUCUGGUUGUUUAAUGGGAACGUUUCACAUUUAAUGGUAAACACGUGGAAGAUGUUAGAAUGUAGUAAUUAUUUAAGAAAGUGUUCACCCAUGUAUUCCUGAGGUUUGCUUUGUGCCUCUGAGUAUUAUUUAAUUAAGGUGUUUUAAGUUUGCAGAAUCUUUGUUACUGUACCAGGUAUGUGGGUGAACAUUGAAAAUCGAGGGGAACUUUUAUAAAGCAAUGUAAAUAUUCAACCUUAUGGCUGUUCUUGCAUAAAGACAUAAGAUUUUAAUAACUACAUUCUGAAAACAUCUGUUGAAUUUAUAAGAAACACUACAGUAACUGUAUAGAUAGUUGAAAGCAUUCUUGAAAAUCCAGCUCUACUUUUAAAAGUUAAGUCUCUUUCAUCAGAUGUCAAGGGAAUGGGUAAUACAGUUUCUGUAAAAUUGCAGAAUUUUUUUCUAUGUAUAUGAAGUCAGUUAAUAGAAAAAUGUUUUUUUUCCACAGGUUAAUAUUAAUUAAGAAAUAAAGGUGAAGAUUUUGUGGCUUUAAAGA